GAACUCGAAUACCUGAAAUAAGAAGCCUUCAGCACCUCCAUUUCAACCUCACCUUUCCGCCUGCCCUACGUUAUUGCAACUCCACUCUCGGUCAUGUCUCUCGUCUGACCUUAAACGGAAAAUGUGAUGAAGAUGAGACACCCAGCCACGGCCGUCGCAAUCUGACGUGACGUGCGUGACGAAAGUGUGUUCAUCCGGUCCCUCAAGCCCUGUCACUCGCCCCCUGUCAGUGGCACUUGGAACGUCGUCCUGAGUUGCAGCGAGUGUGUUUACUGCGAUUGAAAGGCUUGGAUUCCGAGAAAUAAUGGCCAAUGCACCCCCUCCGAACUCUGCGCCGACGCGCGCCCAGCAACACGACAACGACCACCACCAUCCGGCCGCCCGUGAACACGACGACAACCGUCAGAACGGUGCCCACGACAACGAAUGCUCCGCCGUCUGGCAACGACAGCCCGCUGGGCAUCGGGACAGGCUUUGGCAUUCUGGCCGUCUUGCUACUGGUCGCGAUCAUCUACGCCUGCUUCCUCUAUCGGCGCCUGAUGAGAACAGCCCAGAUCAACCGCCGCGCCUCAAGCAUCUUCUCCAAGCUGUCGCGGAAGAAGGUCAUCUCGACGAAUCAAGCAGCCGCUGACUCCCCCGACGCCCCGGGCCUCGCGGGCGGCCCUCGGCAAGAGUCUUCCUCCGACGCUCGGCGAGGAAGCGGCGCGGACUCGCAGGCGAAGAAACCUCCCUCGGCCGCGAUCAAGAGCGAUGACAAGAUCUACCUCGACAUGAAUUCCUCCGGGACGAAGGGCGCCGGGAGGACUCAGAAGUUCGGGUACGUGAACCAGAACGGGCCAGUCGAGACUCCGCCCAUCUACGACACCGUGAAUGAAGUGUCCUUCGCGAGCGAUCCGCCCACUUACGAGAACUUCGACGAGGGCCGCGACAAUCCCAUUUACGAGAACCUUGAGAAGAAGGACACCGACCCUCUUUACAUCAACAUCACGCCCACAGCUACGCCCACGCCUUCGCCCUCGCACUCGCCUCGUGGCCAUAAAAACCUCCAGGCGAUGAAGAGCAGCGAAUACGUGCUCAUGUCGAACUCGGGACCAAACACCUCCCUGUAGGGCGGCGGGAACAGCGUCCUAGGUGCGGUUCCUGUGGUUCUGUGGUUGGAACUAUCUCGCCCCGACGCCCGCCGAGGCCGCCGCGGCUAUUCUACAUUUCUUUUCUUUUUUACAUUUUAAUGCUAAGUCAGCCAAUGUGCCUGCGCUCUUACCGAGCCCAAGUCACGACUGAGACUGAGUCUUGGAAGUGACUGAUGUGACCGAGUGGGCGAGUUACAGCUAGGAAAUCUGAGAAACUGGACAAUCCUUCAGCCAAUUUCUAGACUUCCAAAAUGGGGGCAUUUAAGAGUCAGUCUGCAGGACGCCCAGACAUAUUGGAUUUUUUGUCUUUAUGUAAAAAGUUGGAUUACUUAGUGCCACUAAUUUUUAAGGAUGCUCAUGGUGCAACACCUGUGUUCUCAACCCUCCCAGAAACCGCGAGGAAGAUCAAGUAUGAGCAAAGAAAAGCUGAAAAGGAAACAUAUCACAAUGUGUAUAUCCCCCCCCCCAUAUUCACACUAAUUGGUGCUAUGGAAUUUUGCUGGAACAUAAGACAAAGUUCCAGUGCCAGAUGUGUGUCAGAAAGAAAGAAAGAAAGAAAAAAA